AUGGAAGCCGAAGAAGCAAAUGUCGUUGAAGCUCGAAAGGCACAGGAAGCGAAACGCGACAAGGAAUUGGAAGCAGAACGACAAAAGGACAUCAAGGGCGGAACAAAGGUUGUUGACGGCAAAUACAAAGCGUUGGAAUUCUUGCUGAACCAGAGCAAAUUAUACUCGACCAUCAUGCUUUCUCAGAUGCAAAAGCAAGAAGAGGAGGCUCAGAUUACGGAUACGAAGGAAAAAAAACGAGCUCUGAAGAGGGAAGAAACGGCAGAAAAAGCAGCUGAAGUCAGUCAGAAGAGAGCUACUCGGUCAGCGAACGUUGCACAAGAAACAGCAGAGGCGGUAACCGAACAAGCGACCGCAAUUGGUAGACGGAAAUCAGGCAGAGGAGCUGCUGCAGCCAAGCCCAAACCUGGUAAAGAAAAGAUUUCUGACUAUCUCAACAAGGACGACCUCAAAGCUAAGGCAGGCGACAAAUCGAUCAACGAAGCUCUCGCUCAGGAGGCCGACUCUGAUAUCAAACCUGGUGACAUUGGUGUUCAAAAUCUACGAUCAGCCAAACAGCCAGCGCUCGUGAGCGGUGGUUUAAUGCGCUCGUAUCAGCUCGAAGGUCUUGAAUGGCUUACAUCACUAUACGAGAACGGACUAAACGGUAUCCUGGCUGACGAGAUGGGUUUGGGCAAAACAAUCCAGACAAUAUCCUUCCUUGCGUUCUUACGUGAGAAGGGCACAUAUGGGCCAUUCCUAAUUGCGUCCCCGUUAAGCACAACUAGUAAUUGGGUCAACGAAUUCAACAAAUGGACUCCCGAUAUUCCAGUUGUACUUUACCAUGGAUCUAAGCAGGAAAGAGAAGAGAUCCGUACAAAGAGAUUCAAGAAUCCUGGAAGUAAAGAUUUCCCUGUUGUCUGCACCUCCUACGAAAUCUGCAUGAACGAUCGAAAGUUUCUGGCUAAUUUUGGCUGGAAAUUUAUCAUCAUUGACGAAGGUCAUCGCAUCAAGAACUUGAACUGCCGUCUCAUCAGGGAGCUGCAAUCCUAUCAAUCCGCCAACCGACUCCUAAUCACAGGAACGCCACUACAGAACAAUCUGACUGAAUUGUGGUCAUUACUCCACUUUCUCAUGCCCACCAUUUUCGACAAGCUUGAGUCUUUCGAGUCAUGGUUCGACUUCUCUGCCCUGAACCAACGUAAUGGAUACGAAGACAUCUUGUCUGAGGAGCGCCAGACCAACCUCGUGACUUCACUCCACGCCAUUCUAAAACCCUUCUUGCUACGACGUAUCAAGACAGAUGUUGAGACUUCCCUGCCUAAAAAGCGCGAGUACAUCUUGUAUGCACCUCUUACGGCCACCCAGCGCGAGCUUUAUAAGGAGAUCCUCGAGGGCACCAGUCGCUCAUACCUCGAGAACAAAGCCGUGGAAAGUCUGAGUGGCGCAAACACACCUCGCACCACUCGUGGUGCAAGCUUGAAACGUAGUAGGCUUGAGGAAGGAAGUAUUACCCCCAACAAGAGUGUAAAGUCCAGCAGAGCCUCGACGCCAGCAACAACAGCCAGUACUCGCAGCAACAGACGAGCCAAGAAAUCUCAGAAUUAUGAAGAACUAUCCGACACCGCCUACUUCCAAAAAGUACAGAACGAACAGUCAGAGGAAGAGGAGCAGUCGCUCAAUUCGAGCGAGGAGGAAGCUCAAGAGCAAGCACAAACAUUGGCUUUGGCCAAGAAGUUGAUCGGUGCAAAGAAGUUACAAAAUCCUGUGCUACAAUUGCGUCUAUGCUGCAACUCGCCGCACAACUUCUUCUACCCUUUCAUGGAGGAGGACAACAGCGAUGUCGAUGAAACACUGGUAACUGAGAGCGGGAAGAUGCUGCUGCUGGAUUCUCUGAUGCCCUCUCUACUGGAUCGCGGCCACAAAGUACUCAUCUUCAGUCAGUUCAAGACCCAACUGGAUCUGAUAGAGACAUACUGCGAAGUGCUGCGGGGAUGGAAAUGCAGCCGUAUCGACGGAGGUGUCUCUCAGCCCGACAGACAAGAGCAAAUUGCCCAAUUCAACUCGCCAGAAUCAGAAACCAACAUCUUCCUACUGAGUACGCGCGCAGGUGGCCAGGGCAUCAAUCUUACUGCUGCGGAUACUGUGCUUCUGUUCGACAGUGACUGGAACCCUCAGCAAGAUUUGCAAGCGCAAGAUCGUGCUCACCGAAUUGGUCAAACAAGACCCGUCAUCGUAUACCGAUUUGCCACCAAAGGUACGGUAGAAACACUGCUACUGGAAAAGGCAGAAUCAAAGCGAAGAUUGGAGAAAUUAGUUAUCCAAAAAGGCAAAUUCAAGUCCAUGCGCGCUGGCGAGGUAUCGGGUGCCGAGUUUGCCGAACUACAGCAAUUGCUAGAACAGCAGGAUGGCGAGAGACUUGAACUGGAGGAGGGGGUCAAGGGUCUACUGUCAGAGGAGGAGUUGAAUACAUUGACAGAUAGAACUGAAGAAGCCUACGAGAGGGCUGAGAAGGGCUUGGAUGGUGGCGACAAGUUCAAGGCCGUCGACACUAAGCCUGGAGGUGAAGGCUUCUUGGAAGCGAUGAGCAAAUAA